GAAUAGUUUUUCCAUCAAGUUUUAUAGGAAGUAGGCUUUAUAUGGAUGGCUUAUACCAUGAUUGUGCUGCAAUUUGUGGACAUGAUGGUUAUCCAGAUUUGUUCAUCAUUUUCACAUGUAAUUCAAAAUGGCCAGAGAUCAAGCGACUCUUAGACCCUUUACAUCUCAAACUUGUACACCGUCCUGAUAUUGUUUGUCGAAUGUUCAAAAUGAAUCUUGAUAUGCUAAUUAAAGAUUUGAAAAAGGAAAGGUUCUUUGGUAAAGUUGUUGCUGAUGUUCACACAAUUAACUUUCAGAAACGAAGUCUACCACAUGCUCAUAUAUUGAUAUUCUGGGAUUCUUUAAGCAAUUUUUCAGAUCCAAAAGAUAUAGAUAAAGUAAUUUGUGCUGAGAUUCCUAAUCAAUUUGAGCAUCCAGAGUUGUACAAGGCUGUAAAAAAAUUUAUGCUUUAUGGUCCAUGUAGUUCGGCAAAUAUAUUUUCACCAUGUAUGAAAGAAGGUCGUUGUUCAAAGUUCUAUCCCAAGUCUUUUGCUGAUUUAACAACUAUUGAUGUUGAAAUGUAUCUAAUAUAUAGAAGAAGAAAGACUGGUUGUUAUGCUGAAAAAGGAAAUGUGGCUAAGAUAAUUGCUAUGUUGUUCCUUACAAUCCUUCUUUGCUAA